AUUCUCAAUCCCAAAAAUAUCUCAAGGAACAACGAUGUUGCUAGCCGCCUUUUGAAGUCUGCCCAGAAAUCGAUGGAUCCUUCAGCCAAUACACUUAGACCGACGAGCCAUUGUCCGACACGCUGGAACUCGAGAUAUCUUAUGGGGACGCGCGUGGUGCAGCUCUUUCCUACUAUUAACUCCUCAGUUCUCAACAUGACGGGUCCUGAUGCGUCAAGAGAGGCUAGGAAUGCACCGAAGAAAACGCAGAAUAUUAUAAUUGACCAAGACAAAGCCUCCACCCUAUAAGAAAUCCUUGUCCUUCUUGGAUCAGUCAACGACUUCACUAGGUAAGUCAGUAUUGACCGCACGCCGAUCGUUUCCAUUGUUUACCCAACCAUCCACAACUUGAUCAACAAGGCAAGGAUGCCUGCAGCCAAUCGUACAGUGGAGGAAUUUCGAAACAAGUUUGUGUGCGAGCUAGAACGACGAUGGAAUUCACAACAUAUACCGGACGCUGUCCUCAUCGCGACUUUUAUGAACUCAGCUGAUACCAACCACGCCAUUUUCAGUAAUAUGGUACAACGCGAGAACGAAAGUGUAAGCCUACGAGGUUACGCGGAAAGUCAAAUCCUCAAGAUGUUACACUCCAUGGUCAAGAAUGGCUUCCGCUUCGACGAUGCAAUGGCAAUGGGUGCGCGUGGAGACGAUACCGACACUCAGUAUUGGACAAGGAGGUUCAAUGACGAGCUUAAGCGUUACGACAUCGAUGUGAAGGAAGUUCCUUGCGACACGUAUCGGACUGAGCCACAUGUUUGGUGGAGGCACAGAGUGAAUGCGUUUCCAUAUUUGCCAAGCAUUGCCCGCGUGUCCCUCUCCGUUCAAGCGUCAUUGAAGCCUGAGUUCCUUCAUCUCGCAGGAUAAAUAACUAGAUAUGUUUACAC